AUCAGCUGGCUCUGCUCGGCUGAAAUUGGCAGAAAUCAGAAUUUUUGGACGCAUAUUCAAAGGAAUUUUUCCAUUUAACAGGGCCACGACAAGGAACUACGUUGUGGAACAGUGGGGAGGACACACGGUAGGCGUCGAUCGACAAAGUCGAUGUGGAUAUAACCAGGUGCCAUCGUGCGAAAAUGCUACCCAGUCCGCUGGCGUUGCGAAAUCCAGCGACAAAAACAACAAAGAAGCGUCGCUUUAAGUAGAAGACGUCGAAAAAGACGAAAUAAUCAAUUAAAUUCGGAGAGGAAGUGAGCGUUUCCAGCGGCGGAUUGCAAAAGUCGAGGAACUAAUCAGGAUUCGGGCUGCCACAAAGGACGAAACCAAAAGUUGCGUGAACAGCUGCAGCAGCUGCGUGGGCAGAGACGCAGGCAGAGGCAGCGCAGCAGCAGCAGACGAAACCCAGGCAACAACAACAACAGGCAGCAGCUUUUCGGUCUAUCUCCCAACAAUGGAAAUGCGAGAGGUCUUAAGUCGCGAGGGAAGAGAAGCGAAGAAUCUGCUCGUCUACCAGUUCUGCGAUGAGACAACUUCGAGUGGUGCUAGUGGAUCCAUAGGCGGAGGAGGAGGAGUUGCUGGUAGCGAUGGAGGAGCAGCUGGAAGCGGAGGCGUACUCUUAAAUGGCGACUGCUAUCGCAAGCCGCCGAUGGUGCCAAUGAAGUCGCCUAGCGGUACGCCAAAAAACUGCCAGUCGCCCACUUCACCGCGACUAAAACCCUCCGAAAAUGCAGGAGGUGGAAGCAAUGGCCCACGCGUGCGUAGCGCCUCAACAGGGAGAGAUAAAAAGUCGGAGCUGCAAGCCAGAUACUGGGCCUUGCUUUUUGGGAAUCUGCAGAGAGCUGUCAAUGAAAUCUACCAAACUGUAGAAUGCUAUGAAAACAUCUCCAGCUGCCAAGAGGCGAUCCUAGUGCUGGAGAACUAUGUGCGGGACUUUAAGGCGCUAAGCGAGUGGUUCAAAGUAUCCUGGGACUAUGAAUCUCGACCGCUUCAACAACGACCCCAAAGCCUAGCUUGGGAAGUGCGUAAGAGCAAUCCCACUCCCAGAGUUCGAACCAAAAGUCUGUGCAGCCCCAACAACUCGGGCAAAUCGAGUCCAGCCUUGUUUCCCGGCUCUCAAUCCGGAAAAACCUCACCGUGCUGUGAUCAUGGACAGAUAUCGCCCAAAAAACUUCUGCGUGCUUACGACCAAGUGCCAAAGGGAGCAAUGCGUCUUAAUGUCAGGGAACUCUUUGCGGCAAGCAAGCGAGCUACUCAAGGAUCAUCCCAAUCUGACAACAUGGAGGGUCCUCUGGAUUUGAGUGGCGACAAAUCAAAUUAUGUGCAGCUAAACACCCAGUAUUCGCAAACGGAUCUGGAAGAUCCACACUUAACUUUAGCGGAUGUCCGGGAGAAAAUGCGCAGGGAGGCGGAGGAACGAGAAGCUCAGGAGAAGAUAGAGAACUCGGCUUCAGAAGAAGUAAUCAUUCCAGUAGAUAAAGAUAACAAAGAGGAAAUCUCAAACAAACUAGAGGUGCCUUCUCUGAAACAACCAAUCAUAAAUGAAGCGGAUUUGAACAAGGAGACUGCAUUGAUGGAAACAGCACUAGAACCCACUGCUCUGGAGAUGACUGUGGCUUCCCUAGAGUCCAUGGAGAAUGCGUUACUUAACCAGCAGGCCAACAAAGAGCCCACGCCACCUAGCACUCUCGUUAAGCCCGUGGCAGAGCUUUUCAAGAAACCACAACCCUUGAAUCCCAUAGCAGGCAAUACUGUCCAAAACAGUCCCCUCAAAUAUUCCAGUGUGCUAAAUCGCCCCGUGAAGAAGGCUGUACCGCCGACUGGGGGAAUAAUAGCCCAUAAGACAAUAGCAACUAAACCAAGUCAAAUAAAGACAAAUCCCGCGCCACAAGUCAAUGGUUUACGUCGGCUUAAAACAGCUCCUCCUCCACCAAAAAUAGGUGGUAAAAGUGGAUUGCAGCCCCCCAGACCCUCCAGCAAAACCGAGUGCUAUGGCCCUCCCAACAAUGUGGCCUCCAGACUGUCAGCACGAUCCAGAACCAUGCUGGAAAUAAAUGGGAGUACCGUUAAUACAAAUCCUUCCACUGGUGCUAGAACUUUAUCGAAGAAAACGGCUCCUAGUUCCAUUCUAAGCACUGCCAGAAGAACAACUAUGAGUUCGAGACUCAGUUCCAGGGAGGAUAUAGCGAGUUCCACAUCUACUCUUAAAGCUAGCAAUGAACAGCUCUCAAAUUCAAGAAGCACUUUAAAGGAGGAACGGCAUUCCGAGCCUAAGCAGAUCCAACUGCCGACAGAUGCUAACGACGGUUGGUUGACUGUGAAAAAUCGCAGGAGGAGCAGUAUGCACUGGGCGAAUAGAUUUAAUCAGCCCACGGGGUAUGCCAGUUUGCCCACGUUGGCGUUGCUAAAUGAACAACAGAAAGAGCAGGAGCACAAAGACAAACAGAAAGGACGAGGAUCAUUUGCAAGUGAAGAAAAAACUUUCGGCAAAUCGAAUUCAGGGCAAAAUGGAGCCCCGCCAGCAGAGACUAAGGCUAAAGCCAAGGCAACUUUAACAAUAUCCCGACCGGAAAUCAAGAAUGCCAAGGCCAAGGUGAAUUCAUUUCCAGUUCAGAGAAACACCACCAGCCAAGUGAAGAAACCAGAGAAGCAAGAGAAAUCAGAGAAUACUGAAAAGUCGGAGAAGCAGGUGGCUCCCACACCCAGCAGCAACAAUAGUUCUAUUGGACGCACGUCUAUUAUUAAAAGACAGAAAUCUGAUCUUACAGGCCUGAAGAUGACAUCAUUGCAUAAGGAGUACAUGAGAAGUGAGAAAAAUGCACUGAGAAAACUUCAGCAGAAAGAGCAGGGAAACAAACAAGGCAACAGCAGUUCCUCAUCCGCGGAAACUGUCGUGGAAUCCAACAACGAGGACCACAGCAAGAUAGAUAUCAAGAUCCAGACCAACUGCGAGUUCUCCAAAACCAUCGGAGAACUUUACGAGAGCAUUGCCCGCUGCAAGCUUCCAAAUGGAAGCCUGAAACACAAUGCUUGCAUCCUAAGUGCCUGUGAUGAAAACGAGGAGCAAAAUACGGAUGACAACGAGGAAGAGCGCAAUGAAAAGAUAUUAGUUGAGGUUCAGGAGUCCCUGGAGCGACAAAUCAGAGAACUUGAGCAAACGGAGAUCGAUGUGGAUACGGAAACGGAUGAAACGGACUGUGAAGUUCAGCUGGAGGAGCAGGACGAUGGAUUGGAGUUGGGUAGCGGCGACGACUCGGCUGUUUUUGUGACCAUGAGUGACGAUGAGAAUGCCAGCUUGGAGUUAAGAUAUCAGGCUUUGCUAUCUGAUAUGUCCUGGAAUGAGAGAGCAGAGGCUUUGGCCACUUUGCAGGCAUAUGUGGCAAGACAUCCGGGAAGAGCUCAGGAACUGCAUCAGAAGCUAUCUUCGCCUUCCAGGCGUCGUUCUCUACAGGAAACUCUGAAGAAAUAUCAGGCAAAACAAGCAAAGGCUCAGCUGAAAAGAAAUCUGCUUCAGCAAGAGAAGGCAGCUAAGCUGCAGCAACUAUUUUCAAGAGUGGAAGAUGUCAAGGCAGCAAAAAAUCAAAUUAUCGAAGACAAACGCCAAAAAAUGCAAGGAAGACUGCAAAGGGCAGCUGAAAAUCGUGAGCAAUAUCUCAAGCAAAUCAUUGAGAAAGCUCACGAUGAGGAGAAAAAACUUAAGGAAAUUAACUUUAUCAAAAACAUUGAAGCUCAGAACAAACGAUUGGAUCUUCUGGAAUCCUCCAAGGAAACAGAGGGAAGACUGCAAGAUUUGGAGCAGGAGCGACAAAAGAGGGUGGAAGAAAAGCUGGCCAAAGAAGCGGCUGUGGAAAGACGUCGCCAAGCUCUGGAAAAAGAACGUCUGCUAAAGCUCGAAAAGAUGAAUGAGACGCGGUUGGAAAAGGAACAAAGGAUUGGCAAGAUGCAGGAGGAGAAGGAAAAACAACGUCAGGCUCUGGCCAGGGAAAAAGCCAGGGAUCGUGAAGGGAGACUUCUAGCCUUACAAGUCCAGCAGCAACAAACCACAGAGGAACUGCAACGCAAGAUUCUUCAAAAGCAGAUGGAGUCCGCUCGCCGCCAUGAGGAGAACAUCGAGCAUAUCCGGCAGAGGGCUCUGGAACUGACCAUGCCCACAAGGCAGGCGGAUGACGACCGGGGCGAUCAGGAUGAGUCCGAUGACGUCUUGAAUGGAAAUACCACAAGCACCACCAAUGAGGAUUGUGAUUUGUCUUCUACACUUUCCGACGUGGGAGGAAUCCCUGGACAUUCGAGGAGCUAUAAAAAGAAGAUGAAGAAGCUUAAACAGAGGAUGAGUCAGAACGCUGCCGAGUAUUUGGAGAGUUUGGAACCUUUACCCGCCUAUGUGAAAAGGGAUAGUUCAGUGCCAAAGCUAUUAAAUCUGGUGGUCAAGGGAGGAGGAGCCCAGGGACUGGAUAGGAACCUAGGAAACCUUUUGCGUGUGAUACCAAAGGCUCAGAACUUCGAUUUCCAAGCUUUUCUCUACAUGGAUGCUUUGGGGAUCUUGGCCAAUCAUGUGAUCAGCAAGGGCUUGGAGGAAAACUCUGAGAUCUCAAGAAAAUCCGUUCAUUUGGCCGUGCAGCUGUAUAGGAAUGCCUGCUCGGUGUGCCCUCAGAUUGCUCGUCAUGCUCUUCUGGGCAAUUCCAUAACCGUUCUGUUCGAUGCCAUCAACAAGAGUUUCCAGUUACCCGAAGAAAAAUCACCACAACAUCCGGUCGAGUUGUCCACGGAGCUAAUGCUGGCCUGCACGGAGGCGCUGUCCUCAAGUUACGUGAAGAAGAACACCCACCCAAAAGUUCCGGAACGCCUGCCGGACAUGAUAAACUUUGCUGUGAUCACUGGUCUGAUCGAGAUCCUUUCCCGUCGCAAUCAGAAGGUGCGCGAGUCCAUCGAGGACAACCAGAGUGUGAUGCUGAGCCUACUGACCACCUUGGGUUUCCUGUCCCGAUUCCUUGAUGUUUGCCAGCCAGGUCCUGCCGAUCCGACACGUCUGCUGAGCGCUGCAAAGUCCACGGAGCUCUUUGGAACCGUAUCUAUGCUCUAUGGCAGCGUUAUGCCAAUGGGUGAAUGCAUUCCACCGCGCACGACCGCCUUGGCGGCAUCGACUUUUCAUCUUUACGUGUCCCUGGCCUCACUGGAUGUGAACACUUUCCAGGAGGCCCUGACUGUGGAGGGUCCAUUGUCGCUGAAGCUGCUGGAUGUGAUGACCCUCAUCCUGAACUUCAGUGUGUCCAAUGCCCAGUGGGUGAAGAACAACGAGAGCACCACCAUGCUGAUUGACCUGAUCGCCUCGCUGGCCUUUUUCUGUGUCAACAAUCGAAGGCACCAGGACCUGCUGAUAUCGGAGCCGUUUGCCGUGAUUUUCAAGAAUCUGGCCAAGCUGUCGGCCCAGUUAAAUCCAGUGAUUUAUCCGUUCCUUGUGACGGUUUCCUUUGGCAAUCCGGCAGCUAGGGAGCUUCUCUGCAAGGAUUUUGAUUUGGCGUUCGUAGACGAGUACAGCAAAUCGGAGGUGGCCCAAAGAAAUAGCGUCAUUAAGCUGAUAAAUAGUCGCACCAAAGACAGAAUCAGCUCUGGUAAUAACAACAAUCCACAGACACACAACAAAGGAGGUUAGGGCUGUAGCUUUGUCCUUUGGGCGAAUCCCUGAACUCGAAGUCUCAACUCUCAAAGUGAUAUUAUUUUCAAAGAAAAUUAAAAAAAAACUAAGGCAAAGAGCAAAAAUACAGAACUUGAAACAUUCGCAAGGAGAUGAACAACAAAACAAUUGGAAAUCGAAAGCAGAAGCAACACACAAAAUAUUUUUAAUAUUAUUUAUAUAAACUUAAACGUUAACUUAAAUUAGUUUACUAAACACUCACUUCAUCUCACUCACUCACUCACACAUUCGCUAAAAUACAUUCACAACAAGUCGAACUCGCAUAGAUUUUAUAUCCAUAUAUAUAUUACAUAUAUUCAUUGUAGUUUAUGUUUAAUGCAAAGUAUUAACAUUAAUUUAACGCUUGUAUUAAACUCACCCACAAACACUGCAAAUUCUCAGUUAUCGAAUUAAUCAACGCUUUUGGAGCAGUUGCAUCUAUCACCAACACACUCACAAACAAAAAUGGGAGUAAAGGCAAAAAUAAAAUGAGCUACCUAAUGUAUUUUUUAUAGACAUCAACGUUU